AUGGAUUCAAAAUUAAAAAUCGAAAUCGAUACAUUUAAUACAAGUUCAAGAAAUAACAAUAUUUCAAAUCAACCCAAAGUAAUUGUGCUAUCUGAUAUAUAUGAUGAGCCAAAAUCAGCAUUGAGUUCAUUUAUUCGAAUUUAUGAAGAUUUACAAAUUUUUAGCAGCUCUGAAAGUGUAUAUAAUAGUGACAAUAAUUUAAAUGAUUAUGUGUCUACAGAUAAUCUAAAAGAUAAUGAUAUACUUGAAAAUGAUUUAAAAAAUGACAAUAACUAUAAGCAUCAACCAACAUUUGUCCAAUUUGGUCGCAAUUUAAUCAUCAAUCAAGUCAAAUAUUACCUUGAGUUUCAAGAAUAUUCUAAAACUUCUGAAACUGGUAUCGCUAGUAUAUACAAUGUUUCUAGUUGGAAACUAGAUGAUGCUAAAAAUGCUUUUGGAAUUUCUAAUAUCCAAUAUGCUUAUAGCGAUCCUGAAACUAUUCGAUCAAUUCAGAAAUAUUCAUUUUUAGGUGUACCUGUUAAAAAAACUUACUGCUUAUGCCUUGGUGUAAAAGUAUGUGAAUUUGGCUCAGCAACUCUCGAUAUUAAACAUAAAUUAGUUAAUUUUGAAGAUCAACUUUAUAAAAACAUCUUUGAUACAAAUAAAUUUUUAGUUGAAACAUUUACUCUUAACACAUAUGGUCAAGUUUAUAAUACACCAUAUUCUUAUAUUGAUCUAAUUACUAAUAUUCACUACAGUGGAGUUUCUAUUCUUAGAAAAUAUAAACAAAUUGAUAAUAUAUUGACGAUUCAAAAGUUUAUU